GUUGUCGUGUUGGCUUCGUGUUAUAAUGAUAAACGAAACAUAUGUGUAACAUUUGUGUACUACACCAUAAUUUUUUUUUUACGAUAACACUAUUCUCCUGGAGAGAGUAGAUAUUAUUCGAAAGUGUACAUUUUUGAAUAAUAUUAAAUAUCGCCGUAGUCCUACUUUUUAGCACAAUCUACCAAAGUGUUCAUUGUUGAUUGGUCCACUUUCGAAUAUAUCAAAUAUUCACCGCUCAGAAAAACAAUUGGGUAUUUGUUAAAUCUCAAGUAAAAUUAAUUUUAUAUUCCACAUUUUCUAACUGAGCAAUGUUUGCCCGUGUCACAUUUUAUCCAACUCUUUUAUACAAUGUAUUUAUGGAAAAGGUAACUCAGCGCAACUGGUAUGAUCGAAUUGAUGAAAAUGUUAUAUUGGGAGCACUUCCUUUCAGGAAUAUAAGUCAAAAAUUAAUUGAUGAGGAAAAUGUCAGAUGUGUGAUAUCAAUGAAUGAAUCGUAUGAACUGGAACAUUUCACACCUCAACCAGAAGAAUGGAAAAAAAUGGGCGUAGAACAUUGUCAGCUGAGUACAAAAGAUAUUUUUGAGACUCCAUCACAUGAAAAAUUAAUUCAAGGUGUUUCAGUGAUGGAAUCAGUUUCAAAAGAUGGUAAAACUGUGUAUGUACAUUGCAAGGCAGGCCGUACUCGUAGUGCUACACUUGUGGGAUGUUAUUUGAUGUCUAAACAUAAUUGGACUCCUGAACAAGCAAUCGAAAAUAUUGUAUCCAAGCGACCUCAUAUUUGGUUAAGAAAUCAACAAUUAGAGAGUCUCAAAAAGUAUUAUGAUGCUGUGGUAAAAGAAAAAUUUAAUGCUUUCAAAAUGGAUAGUAAUUAAAACAUCUACUCGCUAUGACCAAUAACAAUCAUUUUACUCGUUUUAGAAUAUUAACAUUUCGAGUAAUUAACAACAUAUCUUCAUAACCAUGGACAUCACUAACAUUAGAAUUAAUAAGAGUAUUAAGAGUAUAAUAUAAUAAAAAUUUCGGGAUUCAACUAGUAAUUGUAAUUCUAAAUGUACUUUAUAUUUCAUUGCGUUGCUCAAUCCUUUAUUACAUCUCUUGUUCUCAAAAAGAUUUUAACAUGAUUAUUUUUAGUACCUAUUAUUAUUAUCAUCACUAUAAUUAUUAUAUAAUUCCUUUAAAGGUGAAGUGUUUAAAUGUUGAUAGUCUGUGAUAAUUUUCCUAUUUUUUUUUUUCUUUGGCAUGUUCGGUUAUUUUUUCUUGAAAAAUUUAUUUGAAAUUCAUUUCAAUGAAUUAGAAUAUGUUAUUUUAUAUAUCUUGUGACUAAUAAGUAAUUUUAUAUGUUGUUUACUUUGUCAACUAUUUUAGAUAAAUUGAUACGGGGUGUAAGGAGGAAUUAGUUGGACAAAGUAAUAUUUUAAUGAUGUGUACAACUUUAGAAUCUGAAUGAAUGAUACAACUUUAUUGUUUGUUGUUAAUAUACCUAUUUUUGUUUAUUA